CCUGAAAACAGAGGAAAACCUUAAUAUGUAGCUGCGUCUGACCUUGUGAGCGACGGACAAGAAUCAGCCCUAAAUUCUUGGCGCGUCUUUUUCCCAAGCUCUUAGCUCAGGGAAGAAGAGAGUAGUGGUGCAACGAAGGUACACAUUUGAGUACAAUCUCUGGUUUGCAGUUCUUCUUUUCCUUCUAAUUUCCUACAAUGGACAGCUCUUCAUCUCUGUAAUUAAGACAAUAGCAAUGAUUUAUCGUAGUAUUAUUUGUCCUCGAAAUCUCAAACGGGCAACAAAUGGAUUGAAAAAUCUCCACUUACUUAGGGAAAACCCUGACUAUGGAUUUCGGUUUCUUCCCUUUAGUGGAAUUGUAGAUACUGAGAACUAUGAUUCCCUCUGCAAAACCCAUAGCUAUCAUCGUGGAAAAUUUAGACUUUCAGCACCUAAGGAGUAUUCCAGCUGGAUUACGUCAAAAAAUUAUAUUCAAAACCGUAGUUUCUGCAGAAAUUUCUGUUCAGGAAAGAGCAGUAAUGAUUCUAAUGAGUGGACGGAAGACAUAGUUUAUUUGGAUGAAUCGGGUGAGGAGAUUUUCUCUGGGAAGGGAAUCCGGUCAGUGGAGCCUGGGCAAGAUGGUCAUGUCAUGGUUGGUGGAUUGAAAAAACCCUUUUUGAAUGUUUCUGCUGUUGCAAAAAUUGUGGAGAUUGUGAAGAGAUGGAAAUGGGGACCUGAAAUGGAAACCCAAUUGGAUAAGCUACAUUUUGUUCCGAGCAUGGGUCAUUUGAAUCAGGCGUUGAAGGAGAUUGGAGAAACCGAAGCCUCAUUGAGCUUAUUCCGAUGGGCAAGGAGGCAAUCUUGGUAUUGCCCAAGUGAUGAGAGUUAUCUUUGUCUGUUUGAUCUAUUGAAUCAGAUUAGAGAUUUUGAAGGAAUUCAGUCGUUGUUUGAUGAGAUGAUUAAAGAAUGCAGUGGCAAGGGAAUUUCAUCAUUCAUGGCAUAUAAUCAGGUGAUUCAGCAUCUCGCUAGGGCUGAGAAACUGGAGGUUUCCUUCUGUUGUUUCAAGAAACUUCAAGACUCAGGAUGUAAAAUCGAUACCCGGACUUACAACUCACUUAUAACAUUGUUUCUGAACAAGGGUCUGCCUUAUAAGGCAUUAGAGAUAUAUGAGGCCAUGGAAGUAGCUGGUUGUUCAUUGGAUGACUCAACCUAUGAAAUGAUGAUACCAAGCCUCGCAAAGUCUGGGCGUCUGGAUGCUGCUUUCAAGCUCUUCCAAGAGAUGAAAGAAAAUGGUUAUCGACCCAACUAUCCCAUCUUUGCAUCUCUAGUUGAUUCCAUGGGGAAAGCUGGGAGGCUUGACACAUCAAUGAAAGUGUAUAUGGAAAUGCAGGGUUUUGGCAUGAGGCCAUCGGCAACGAUGUACGUGUCUCUGAUUGAGUCAUUUGGUAAGGCUGGGAAACUAGACACUGCUCUGCGGAUAUGGGAUGAGAUGAAGAAAGCUGGGUUUAGGCCCAAUUAUGGGCUCUACACAAUGAUUGUUGAGUCUCAUGCAAAGUCUGGAAAGCUUGAUAUCGCAAUGUCAGUUUUCUCUGAUAUGGAGAAAGCAGGGUUUUUACCUACACCAUCCACCUAUUCUUGUCUCUUGGAAAUGCAUGCUGCAUCUGGACAAGUGGACUCAGCCAUGAAACUCUAUAACUCUAUGACCAAUGCGGGUUUGAGAGCUGGUCUGAACACAUAUACUUCCCUUUUGACAGUCCUAGCAAAUAAGAAGCUCGUGGAUGUGGCUGCCAAGAUUUUACUUGAGAUGAAAGCCAUGGGAUUUUCUGUUGAUGUGAGUGCCAGUGAUGUUUUGAUGAUCUACAUUAAAGAUGGGUCAGUUGAUCUCGCUUUGAGGUGGCUGCGUUUCAUGGGUGCAUCUGGCAUUCGAACUAAUAAUUUUAUCAUCAGGCAGCUCUUUGAAUCAUGCAUGAAAAAUGGUUUGUAUGAAUCAGCUAAACCUCUACUUGAGACUUAUGUAAAUUCUGCUGCAAAGGUUGAUCUCAUACUGUAUACAUCAAUCCUGGCCCAUCUUGUAAGGUGCCAAGAUGAACAGAAUGAAAGGCAUUUGAUGUCGAUCUUGAGUGCUACGAAUCACAAGGCACACACUUUCAUGUGUGGGCUCUUUACAGGUCCAGAACAGAGAAAGCAACCAGUGUUGUCGUUUGUGAGAGAAUUUUUCCAGGGCAUUGAUUAUGAGCUGGAAGAGGGUGCUGCCAGGUACUUUGUUAAUGUUCUCCUUAAUUAUCUUGUGCUCAUGGGACAAAUAAACCGAGCUCGGUGUGUCUGGAAGGUUGCCUAUGAGAAUAAGCUUUUUCCCAAGGCGAUAGUCUUUGAUCAGCAUAUUGCCUGGUCGUUGGAUGUCAGAAACUUAUCAGUGGGGGCUGCUCUCAUUGCAAUUGUCCACACUCUUCAUAGGUUCAGGAAGCGGAUGUUGUAUUAUGGUGUUGUCCCAAGACGAAUCAAAUUAGUUACAGGACCCACCCUGAAGAUUGUGAUAGCACAGCUUCUAGAUUCAGUACAAUCGCCGUUUGAGGUCAGUAAGGUUGUUUUGAGAUGUCCAGGGGAUUCUGUCUUAGAGUGGUUUAAGAAGCCAAUUGUUCAACAAUUUCUUCUAAAUGAAGUUCCUUCUAGGGCUGAUAUUCUCAUGCACAAGCUUAACACUCUCUUUCCAAGUUCAGCACCGGAAAUUAGAUCACUAUCUCCACCCAAACCGCUAGUUAUGGGGAAAGCCAUGUAACAUUAGCAGUAGUUAAGAUAUUUUAUUAUAUGCUUUGUACUGAAGAAAAUAGAAAUGAAAGAAGUUGAUGGUUUUCAGACC